AACAUGGCUUCGGUCCUCCUCGGUCGACUGGUCAGGCUGUCGGUCGUCAGGAGCUCCCGCUCCUCCACACCGAGAUCCUUGGUGUCGGGGAGGACCAUCACACCGAGUCGGACCGCCGUGUGCUCCUCGACCGGCGCCAUUCUGCCCAAACCCAAAAAGACCCCGUUCGGUCUGAUCCGGAUCGCCGUGGUCGUGGUUCCCUUCCUGUACGUGGGGACCCGGAUCAGUAAGAACUUCGCGGCGCUGCUGGAGGAACACGACAUCUUUGUUCCUGAGGAUGACGACGACGACGACUGACAGACUCAGGUUAUCAGAUGAUCUUGUUUGAUCGUUACCACCUGCAGGUGUGAAUGAAUACCUCCCUGAAGAUUUUGCUGCUGUUUUACAAAUUGAGCCUGCCUGCACAGGUUUCAGGGAUUUUGUUAUCGACAGACACAGCGCUGUCACCAGCUCUUCGUAUUGUACUGUAUUUGCAUGCACUACUUCCGUCUAAAUAAACUGAUUAAAGAUCUAAAUCCAACAGUGUCAGUGAGCU